AAGAAACCGGUAUCGUAGUAAUCCCAUUAUUACUUAAUAGUAUAAAUACGAGAAAAGAAAGAAGAGGAAAACAUAAUCAGCGGAAAGAAAAGAAACGCUUCAGUUGAGAGACACUCUUUUCAAAAUUCCAAGGCACUCGUCGUGACUCGUGUUCGGUUCGAGUCUUCUCUCCAAUACCAUUUCCGAAGAAGAACGUUUCUGUAGGGUUCAAGAUUUUGAUCAAUCGUCUUUUCUGAGGUAGAUAGGUGAUAGCGGUUCGAAACCCUUGUUUGUUGUUGCAAAUUGGGCGGAAUUAGGGGUUCAUUUUUUGCUUUCUUGGGUUUCUUUGAGAUGGGUGGCGACGAAGGAACAAGCAACGGUGACGGUACGGAGUGCCUAGAGGGGCUGCAAAAUGAAGUAGUUAAUAAUGGGAAUGGAACAACGGGCGUUGCAGGAUUGAGCUCUGGGAAAAGGGAGGUACUUCUGACUUACAAGAGGCGGAAGCAUAUGAAAUCUUGUUCCGAGAGCAAAUUACUGGAUGAUGGCAAAGCGAAUGCAAAGACUGCAAGUCCACUGCCACUGGGGCAACAGUUCGUAAAAGAACAAGAAGGCAUUAGCAUGGAAACUACUUGUCAGCAUAAGCGAACUCACUUCUGCAUGGAUGGUUUGAAGAAUUGUUCACAGAAGCCUUGGAAAAUUGUUUUGGAAGGUAUGUUUCAGUCUUUACGUGAUAGUGAAGGUGGUCUGAAAGGAUGCAUUCGAGAUGCACUGGAAUUCUGUCCAGAUACUAAUCAUGUAGCAAGAACUAAGCAGUAUGAUCAUCACGUUGAUAAAAGGCAGAGGUACAGUUCACCAUCAGACUGUCUCGUGAAGGGAUUUCAGAAAGAAGCUAGUGGUCAAGUGGGUGCUGUAUCCAAUGGGCAGAGGUGCACUUCACUAACAGACAGUCUUUUAAAAGGAUUUCAGAAAGAAGCUAGUGGGCAAGUGGGUGCUGUAUCCAAUGGGCAUUUGGAUAGCUUAAAUCAUCAGUCAGUCUCUGAGAUCUGUCAUCGUACUUUUUUUGAUGUUGUAACAUCGGAAAAGUUUACCUCACUUUGCAAGCUUAUGUUAGAUCAUUUCCAUGAAAUGAAGAUCGACAGUUUUCUUGACUAUACACUUAUAAACUCAAGGAUAGAAACUGGAGCCUAUAACCAAUCUCCUUUGCUUUUCCUUUCAGAUAUUCAACAGGGUUGGGGAAAGCUUGAAGAAGUUGGUGCUGAGAUGAUUUCUCUUGCAAAAAGCCUAUCUGAUUUUUCGAUCUCUUGCUAUAAUAAGCAGCAGUCCUGCCACUGGGAACCUAACUCUCACACUAAGGUGGUUCAGAGAGAGGACUGCCGUAAAUACAGAAUUUGCCCUUGUAGACAAUGUGGAGACAAAGCAGAUGGGAGGACCUGCCUUGUUUGUGAUUCAUGUGAGGAGAUGUAUCACAUAUCCUGCAUUAAACCAGCAGUUGAAGAGAUUCCCCCGAAAAGUUGGUAUUGUGCCACUUGUGCUACCUGCGGAAUUCGUUCACAGCAUGAGAAAUGUGUGGUGUGCGAGAAAAUUAAGGAGACUGUGGUCAAGGGUGUUGGCAAUGGAAGUUCCUGUACAAAUGAAGCCACACUUGAAGGUGAUGAUUCAAACUGUGUUACAGAUGAAGAGAGAACCAUGGAAAAGAGGAAAAGGGUAGAGCACUGUAAGAUUUGUAAUGGUGCGAUACGAGAAGGUGACAACAUAAAGAUAUGUGUCCAUUCAUUCUGCCCCUGCAAACUCUAUCAUGCAAGGUGCCUGACAAAGAAGCAGCUGAAAUCAUAUAGUACUACUGGUUGGUACUGCCCUUCUUGCUUGUGCAGAACUUGUCUUACUGAUAGAGAUGAUGAAAAGAUCAUCUUAUGUGAUGGCUGUGAUUAUGCGUUCCAUCUCUACUGUCUGCAACCAAAACUGACUAGUUUUCCAGAGGGGAAGUGGUUUUGCAAUUCUUGUAAUGUGAAAUUGCAAACAAUAAGGACAGCGAAAAGGGCAUAUGAGAGUUCUUCAAACAAACAGAUGGUGCAAGGCCAUCCAAGAACAGUGACAUUUGGAAGCCGUGGAAAGUUGAAACGUAAAGGAAACAUGGGAUCAGAUAAGAGUGGAGGAGGAAUGGAGAUGCUAUUAAGUGCAGUCAAUACACUUCACAGCUAUGAAACAGAUAUGGCUGGCAUUUAGGUAAAAAUUACUAGACACUGUUUCGGGUACAGGGGAUACUCUAAUUUCCAGUCUCAUCAAGUAAUGUCUCAGUCACUCUUUGUUUAGGCGUACAUCCUUGUAGUAAUUUUCACUAGUUUCCCCUUGCCUCGUUCAUUGGAGGGCUGAUAUUUUUGUAGGUUGUAAGCUGAGUUUGAUUUGCCUUGACCUUUUUCUUUUUCAUUUGUUUCUCGAUACAUGCAUCUUAGGGAAGACUUUCUCUCCUUGUUGAAGUCAAAAGGGUAUGAGAAUCACUAAUUCAGACUGAUAUCCAGUUUAAUAUGCAUGUUUCCAAUACUGUACCAUACAAGUACAUAUAUCUUUGUUUUCAACAGCUAUCAGAAGCUAAUGUGUUUUUUUUUUCCUUUUCCAUUUUUUGUCAGUCAAUCUUGUAAAAUGCAGAAAAACCAGUUAUUGAACAGCUUGCUGUUGAUAAUCAAAUUUAAGGACAUUUCUCUUUCUUCUA